GUUACAUAUGUAUAAAUCUCGGGUUCACAAUAAUAUAAUUGUAGACUAGGUCCAUGCAAGUCAUUUUGUUUUAAUUCAUGGGGCCUUAAUUUAUUCGAUGUAAUCAUAACCACAAUUCCACACACCCCAAAUUGGCAAAUUCCCAACAUUCCCUGCCAUGGACAAUCUCCCUCCACAACUAAUCCUCGUAAUCUUUCACAAACUCCUCAACUCAUCCGAUCUAAUUCGUUGCAGACUCACCUGCAAAACCCUCAAUUCUCUCUCCUACGAUGUCACCUCCAUCAACCUCCUCUGUUCUGACACCCACUACACACAAUCACGAUCUCAAGCUUCUACUCUUCAAUUCAAAUCCAACUUCACUCGUUUCAUCCUUGGACUCUCACAUCUCAAUUCAAUUACCAUUGGAGUCGAUGAAUCGCUCCAGAGUUUAUCGUACGUUGACUUGGAGGAUGAUGGUGAUGAUCUUUAUUUGACUGAUGCUGAGUUUUUUUCGGUUUGGUUGGGUGAAAUUGGUGAUCGCUUGAAAACGCUGUCGUUUUUGGAUUUCUGGGUUCAGUCUUGUUGGAGGCGGUCAUUUGUUCUUCCCUUGAUUUCUCGCCAUUGUCAUAGGCUAAAUGAACUUACAAUUAAGAACACUUGGUUAUCUGUUGAUGGGCUGAAUGCAAUGACUUCUCUUACAAGUCUAACACUUGAAACUCUACGACUUGAUGAUGAAAACCUGUCAAAGGUAAAUGAAUGUUUCCCUUGUUUGCAGACUCUGAAUUUGUUAGGUGUUGGAGGACUCAAAGAGCCUAAAAUUUGCCUCCAAGUCCUUAAGACCUGUCAGUGGACCGUGUCAGUAAUUGCACCCAAGAUGGUGAAGCUGAAGCUUAAAUGUGUUAGGCCAAAAGCACUUGUCCUGGAAACUCCACUGUUGUCGGACCUCGAUCUUACUUUUGAAAAAUCUGACACUUUUGAAAUAGGAGAACAACCUCACUUGAAAAAAUUGCAUCUUGAGUCAAGCAAUCUCUGGAGCCUCAUUGGCUCGUUCUCGUGUUUUAGUGCUGUUAAUGAGUUGAUUCUAGAGUCAGUAAAGAGUGUUGAACAAUCCGAGGCAGAAUAUCCAAACUUUGGUUUUUUAUUUGAUGUUUUCCCCAACUUAACCUCUUUGAGUCUGGGUGCUGGUGCUUAUGCAAACACGGAGGCUUCUUUUGAUCUCACGGAUUUAUAUGAAAGAAUGGGGAUGAAGAGUCUAAAGGACUUUACAGCAUAUUUGGUGAUCACAGACGUUGAUCGUGCUAUCUCUUUUGUUUCUUUCGUCAUAGACAAAUGCAAAAACUUGUCCGUAAUGUCAUUGCUCAUCCAUCAUGAACUAGAUCCUGUGAUUGGCAGCAAUUUCAUCUCAAAAUGUGUCGCAUUAUUUCCCGUACUUCGAUGGAAAUGGGGAUUUUGGAAGGCAGGUACCAAAGAUACCUGGGUGUGAUGGUGUCUGAUAUUUUCAUAAAGUUGGAACUUGGAAGGUACUAGAACAUCCUAGAGCUAUUUUAGCACAGCUGGGUUAGGGUCACAAUGAAGACAUGUUCAAUUGUUCAUGCCUAAAAGGGAAGAUGAUUAAUAUUAUAGCAUGGGAUCAUGGGUAGACCUGGUUAUCAGGACAUUGGAUGUGCAGGUUAGUAGCUUGUCAAAUUGUAAAGGGUCUUUUUUCAAAGUCACAAAGGGUCAGGUACUUGAUAAUGGAUGGAUCGAACAAAGGAAUAUGAUACAGGAGAGAGAGGCUAGUCAGCAUAAAUGAUAAUAUAUGAAACUACCAAAAGGUUUUGCCUUGUGGUUGCCUAUUUACAUUAUUUGUAUAUUUCAUUGGGUCUAAUUUAGACCGAAAAUGUAAAUUAAUAUGGAACUAUACAUGUUAAGGAUACUCCGUAUUUUAUAAGAUAUCUUUACAAGUCUUGUUGGUUGCAUCAA